UUCCCAGCGAAAAUCCGAAAUCCUUCUCCCAGCUUGAAACAAAAUCCUUCUCAGCUUCAAUCCGAAAUCCUUCUCCCAGCCGCAGCCGCCUCGGCCUCCGCCUCAUCAUCAUCCUCAUAUACCGCACCUUCGUCGGCCUCUGACGAUGUCGUUUCCUCCAUAACCGGCGGCUUCUUUGCCUCUCUGCUGUCUCGACUCGUCACUGUCUCUUCUCUUCUGGCCAUCAACCCCUUCUACAAGCUCUCCGCCGAUGACUUUUCAGGAAUUACGCUACGCUCUUCAUCGUCUUCUUCGCUUGCGCACUGUAUAGAUUUCAUACUCUUAAACUUAUCUUUAUUUAGGUAUCAGAUGCUGCUUGUAUUGGUUGGAUUGUUAGCAAGCUUAGCCCUUUCAGAGCUGUUCAAAUACUGCAGUGAUAGAUGGAAUCGGUCCUUUGAUUUGCUUAAUGCAUUGCACAUAUCUAACCCUUGGUAUUGA